AUGAAGUUUUUGUUUAUAUUCAUUUUGCUGGUGUUUCCAACAUUUGUGUUAAUUGAUGGCGUUAAUGGUGAUGGCGGUGUGGCAAUUGCGGCCGGAACUUACAUAACAUUAUAUAAAGCAAGAAAACGAAUGAAAGAAUCAAGAAGAAGACAGAGGAAAAAGCAUCGAAAAUUAACGAAAAUCGUGCAUUACAAAUUGAACAAACUUUCAUACCAAACAUCAUCAAGGGAGAGUAAAGAUUCGAAGAAGGGUGACAGAUCAUCGACAUUAAAGGCUGAAGCAUCAGAUAGAACAAAAAGAGACGUGAAAAGGCUUUCUAUGAAGCUCCACAGUCUUCCUGUGGGAAAUGAUGUAAUUUGA